UACGUGGGGAACAGACAUACCUUUUCUUGUCUGGUUUAACACCGGAAUCAAGACAUUUUAUAAAUUCCAGUUUAUGAAAACCCGUUUGAAGUCCGAUUCCGAUGUGCUAUUUUACCCAAAAAGAAAAGAAAAUUGAAAUCCACGUACUGUUUCCUGCUCGCUGACACCCACAUACUCCGACACUCGUCUCUGGUACUUAGCUUUCCUCUGAUUUGUCGCCAUUAUCGAGCUCCAAAAAGCUGAGAAAUAGAGACGUUGUAGCGUCUCGCACGAGGUUUUAAGUUUCAGCAUUUCUGGAGAAUAAUAGUUGAAGAGAAGUGUGUGUGUGUUUAGAGAGAGAGAGAGAGAUUGAGAGAAAAUCGAUAUCUGAUUUGGAAUGGCGAGAGGGUUUAGAUUGAUCUUUGCGACUUCUCUACUACUUAUGCUUCUAGGAAUUUGCAACGGAAGCACGAUCGGGAUAUGCUAUGGAAGAAAUGCAGAUGAUCUCCCAACUCCGGAAAAGGCAGUAGAGCUCAUUAAAAAUCUAAACAUCAAUUCUGUUCGGAUAUAUGAUUCCAACAUCCAAGUACUCAAGGCCUUUGCAAACACCGGCAUUGAGCUCAUGAUUGGCAUCCCAAAUUCCGACCUUUUGCCAUUUUCCCAGUUUCAAACCAAUGCCGACACCUGGUUAAAGAACAACAUCCUCCCUUACUACCCCGCCACUAAAAUCACUUACAUAACCGUCGGUGCUGAAGUCACCGAAGCCCCAACUAACGUCUCGGCCAUGGUGGUUCCUGCCAUGACAAAUGUCUAUACCGCCCUCAGAAAAGCCGGUUUGCAUAGAAAGAUCAAAGUCUCGACCACCCAUUCUUUAGGGGUUUUAUCUCGUUCAUACCCACCUUCAGCUGGCGCUUUCAACAGUAGACACGCUGGUUUCUUGAAACCGUUGCUCGAGUUUCUUGCAGAAAAGCAGUCGCCUUUUUUGGUCAAUACGUACCCGUAUUAUGCAUAUAGAGAUUCAUCGAGCAACGUUUCGUUAGACUAUGCUCUUUUCGAGUCUUCAUCUGAAGUAAUCGAUCCAAACACGGGUUUGCUCUACACGAACAUGCUCGAUGCACAAAUCGACUCCAUUUACUUCGCUCUCAUGGGUCUGAACUUCAAGACCAUCAAGAUUAUGGUCACCGAAACGGGCUGGCCUUCUAAAGGAUCUCCUAAAGAAACCGCAGCCACACCCGAAAACGCGCAGACUUACAACACUAAUCUGAUACGCCACGUCAUCAACAACACAGGUACGCCCGCUAAGCCCGGGGAGGAGCUCGAUGUUUACAUCUUUUCGUUGUUUAACGAGAACCGAAAGCCCGGAUUGGAUUCAGAACGGAACUGGGGUUUGUACUACCCUGAUCAGACAAGUGUUUACAAUAUCGAUUUUAGUGGGAAGGGGACUGUGGAUGUGAAUACGGGUGGGAACUUGACGACCGUAAACGGGACUUCGUGGUGCAUUGCUUCGCCUACGGCUUCGGAGAAAGACCUACGGAAUGGGUUAGAUUGGGCUUGUGGGUCGGGGAACGUGGAUUGCUCGCCGAUUCAGCCGAGCCAGCCGUGUUUUCAACCAGAUAGUUUAGUAUCGCAUGCAUCUUAUGCUUUCAACAGUUAUUAUCAGCAAAAUGGAGCUACUGAUAUUGCUUGCAGCUUUGGAGGAACAGGGGUCAAAACCAACAAGAAUCCAAGUUACGACAAUUGCUUGUACAUGACAGCCGGGAGCAAGAAAACCACUGCAAGUAACGUAACUGCAAAUGCAACUUCGUCGGCAGGUCAACGAGAGGUUUCAGCCCCAAGUGCUUAUUGUCUACUCGUAAUCUUUCUCGUGUUGAUCCAAUCGCUCUAAAUUAAACCCAUGUCUAAAGUGGACUCGAUCGGGUUUUAAGUAAUUUGUGGGUUCCCUUAGUUUUGUAUGAUAAGGUAGGAAAUUGUUGUAAACAUGUACCCAUCAAGUGUAUUAAAGCUUAGCUGCAUGUUUAUUUAUGCAUUUACUUUUGUUUAGACCCUCAAAUCAUUUAUGCUUUCAAUUGUGUCACGUCAUUUUU